CGUACGACACCCAGGGGCACCGAGACCCAGGCCAGGACCAAGUGUGUACAUUCACCAGCGAGGCCAGGCAAGCGGAGGCCCCUAGCGCCCCUUUUCCGGCCCUUUCUGACCUUGUUUCCCACGCAGCCUUGAGGACGCGCCCUUGAUGCACAGUGGGAUGGUGGUGUGGCAACCAUGGACCACCACCACCACCAGCAACAACAACCACAACCACAGCACCACAACAACACCAGCACCAACCACCAGACCACCACUGCCACCACCACGCCGGCGCCAGGAGGGGGAGGAGGAGGAGGGGGUGAGAAACGGCGACCCACCAACACGUGUCUUGUCUGCGGGCGGCACGGCGGAAACACGAUUGUGGUGACGAGCGUUCACAGUUUUGUCUCGGCCUCUGGAACACCCCUGGCUGACUUUUUGGUGAAGGUGGUUGGCGAGGACCCGUGUUACUCCGUCAGUGAGGUGAUUUGCCAGCAGUGUUUUGUGUUGCUGGACCGCCUCGAUGCAUACCAGGCCCGGGCAGCUGAGAUACACACCCACGUCACCACCAGGUACCGGGACACCAAGCUGGAGUUGUUGGGCCAGCGGCAGCGCAUGAGUGAGCUGAUCGCCGCCUCGCUGUCCAACGUGAGGGAGCUCAAGCAUGGAACCACGCUCAACGUGAGCGACGAACUCACAAUCACAGUCGUCCACGAGGCACUUCCCAAAGGCCGCCGCAAACUCUACCACCACCUCAACAACAACAACAACAACAACAACAACAACACAGCCAGACACCACCACCACCGCCGCCACCGCCACAACCACCACCUCCUCCACCACCAAGAGUUUCUCCCUAACAAAUUCAAGAGGAAGAGAGUUGCCAUGUCCGGGGUGCCCACUUCCACGCUCCCGACCCCAGAGAAGAAACGCAAGGGGUGCCGGCCUGGUGGGGGGGUGGAUGGGGGGAGCGACGGACGGGCUGGGGGUGGGGUGGGUCUAGGGGGGGUGCGGGAGGGCCAGGGAGUGCCGGUUAGUAAUAAUAACAACCUCGCUUACUCCUCUUGUGUGCGAGGGAGUGACGACGCAACAGGAAGGACAGUCAAGAGGAAGAUAGAGGAGGAGGAGGAAGAGGAAGAGGAGGAGGAGGAGGAAGAGGAGGCACGUAGCAGCUCAGAGGAGGAGGAGGAGGAGGAGGAAGAGGAGGAGGAGCACAGUGAAAGAGUGAAUCCUGCGUUGAACAUGAAACAGGAGAUGGAGGAGGAAGAGGAGGAGGAGGAGGAAGAGGAAGAAGAGGAGGAGGAGGAUCAGGAGAGAAGAGGAGGAAGAGGAGGAGGAGGAGAGCAAGCAACCCCACAAGAAAAUGAAGCAGAAAAUGAGAACUCAAGUGAAGAUGACUCAAGCAGUGAAAGUGAGGAGGAGGAGGAGGAGGAGGAGGAAGAGGGGAGGUCAGCCACGGAGCAAGAGGAGGAGGAGGAGGAAGAGGUAGGGAAGAGCGACCGGGAGGAGCAGGAGAACGGCAACGAGGAGGAAGAAGAGGAGGAGGAGGAAGAGGAAGAAGAGGAGGAGGAAGAGGAGGGCAGUGCCAGAGGUAAAGACCCCUCCCUCAGCCACCCCCCUCACAAUGUCCCCCGCCCCCCCAACCCCCCCAGCAGCGUCCGCCCCCAGCAAGCCUCCCGCAAGGUUGCGCCCCCCCCUGCCUCCCCGCCGCAGGACAGACAGGUGUGCAAGAUGGAGACGAAUGGACAGGUGCAACUCCCGCCAGAGGUGAGCGAGGGAGUGCCGCCCCAGGUUGCCGAGGCCAUGCUGAUGCAGAGUCCGCUGGCCACGUCGCUGCUGCAGUCCUUCCUGGCCACCUCUCUCUGGUUUGGGUCACCCGACAACAACACACAGAAACGCAAGCAGAGCACCAACACCAAGCAGAAACAGCAACACCAGGUCCCAGAUGACGUGACGAGCGAGACACUGGCGGUGGCGGCCGGCUCGACGAAGGACAAGAAGAAGCGUCAGGAGCUCAAGAACACAGGCCAGAGCUACAUCAACACCAAGGGGAAGCUGGUGGAUGCCAAGCGCGUGUGGCCCCAGGACUGUAGCAGGUGUCCGCUGAAGUGCAACGCGCGUAUCAGCGAGGACGAACGUCAGAAGAUCUUCGCAGAGUACUGGGGUUUGGCCGACUACAACCUGCAGAGGGAAUACCUGGCGGCCCACAUGCAACGCGAGGAGAAGCUUGGACCCAGCGGCCUCCUGCGCACCGUCAUCCUGUACUUCCUCACCUCCAGCAAGCAGACCAACACCAAGCUGCAGGUCUGCCGCCAGUUCUUCCUCAAGACGCUGGACGUGUCGGAGAAAGCCUCGAGGAUCGUGCUGGAGAAGAUGGUGCGCGGGGAGCUGGGGAUGGAAGGAGGCACCAACACCCCCCCGCCCAUCACUGCCAACGCCCGCCAGCACCACACCAACCCCCACGCCAACGCACCCUCCGCCCAGGCCAAGAACGGGGAGGAGGCACGGCAGAGCAACGACGAGGACACCAAGAGCGAGGAUUCGUCUUGAGUCUCGCUGUGUCAGUGUCGGCGGGCGGAGUCGGGCAUUUUUUUCAUUCGCUGUUUUUGUAGGUGUUAAGUAAGGCUUUCUUUGGCGCCGUCUACUGCCAUGCUGAAGGGAAGAGAACGGAGGUGAAGGAGCGGAAGAAGGAGGAGAAGGAUGGGUGACGAGAGAAGAGGUAGAGGAUAUGGAGGAACACUCUUUGGCUAGUUUUCCUCUCCAAUACUUUUCUCUACAUGAUCAAGAGGAGGAAGAGGAGGAGGAAGGAUGAUAAAAGAAGACGGUUCAUUCCUCCUCAUGAUCAAAAGGAGGAAGAGGAAGGAUGAAAAAGAGGAAGAGACAGAUCACCCUGCUCAUGACCCCAUCCUUCUCACCUCUCCCUCCCUCCACCCCCUCCACACCCUCUCAGCAGCCCUGCAAGACAGUCCGCCUCACCGCCGCACACGCACAUCCCACUCUCCUUCAUGGGCUGAGUGUGUGCAUGUGUGUGUGUGUGAGCGAGCAUGUGUAUAUGUUCAUGGUGCCACAGGGGAUGCGUGUGUGUGUGUGUACGCCUUUAUGUGUGUGCGCGUACGCUGGGGCAAGCUGUGUACGCGAUGAUUCACACACUUAAAGAAGCAUAUUUUUUAUCGUUAUUUAAAUGGAGUUCUGUGGCAGCGGCUGAUGUGCUCUCUAUCGCCUUGCUUGUGGUGGCCAGCGAGGUGAGGGUGGCCGUGUUGUCAGGUUCGUGCGUGUGUGUGUGCAGCGUCAGUGUCCCCAGUGAGCGUGUGACGUCUGCCGAGUGAAGUCUAAACAGCAAAAAAACACAAAACGCAGGUAGUGACACGAGAGAAACCACCCAAACAGACAAGCGGCAGCAACACCGUUCGGAAAAUCAAAAAAACUGCAAUGAGCUUUUAGUUUGUAGCGCUUGUGAUGCGGCGGCGAUGACCGACCUGCCCCCUCAGACGACGCUCCCCUUGCUGUGUGUGUGUGUGUGUGUGUGUGCAUCAUUGAGGAGCUCUGUUCAACCUCAGGAGAUGCACAUGCCAGAUUACAUACAUAGGAGGUGCUGUGUGCAUUUGUGUGUAUGUGUGUGUGUGUGAGCUUUGUCAGACCUCAGGACAUGAACAUGCCACUAAUGCCGCACACAGAAGGUGAUGUGCACGAGGAUCAGGCAGCUGGGCAAGGGUCGAGGCGUCUGUGGGGGUGUUGGCGCUGCCCCUCAGUCCGUGGCGCAAGUUUCUGCCGCCCCGAGAUGACGUAUUUAUUUAUAUUUUUACCCGUGUGUCGCGUCGCCGUGGUGGUGAGGUGACGGCAGGCGGGAGGGCGGACAGACAGACAGACAGACAGACAGGCGGAUGAACGCUGCCAAGCCACACACACACAAGAAAAGAAUUGACACUUUCCAGCCACGUAUAUGAUUGCAAAAUGAAAAGAAGAAGAGAAAAUUUGAUUUGUGAUUGAUGGGAAGUGAAAUUUGUGGUUUUAUUACAAUUUAGGAGAGAUGUGGAAAUAAAUCAAAAGACAGAAGCUGGAAAUAAUUAAUGUGGUGUGAAGUUUUAUGUCGUGACGCGGCAAAGAAACGCAAGAGUGCAGAACUAAAUUAAACUGCGAGUGACGUUGGCGAAUGAUUUUAAAAUUUUAUCGUAUCCAAAACACAAAUGUCUGGAACGGCGAAGAAAAUACAGCAAUAAAAAGAGGAAACACCACAGUGGUUGAACGCUAGAGGAACAAAGUGUAGUGGUGAUAAAAAGGACGAGAGUACGCGCCGUAGUGUUAGUAAGCUAAGUGUUGUCGUGCAUGUGGCGUCGGCCGAGGAUGCCAUCGCUGCGAGACUUACGGUUGUGUUGUGCUGAGCGGAGGGGAGAGGGAGGGAGGGAGGGGAUAAAGAAACCAUGCACUUGAGAGGUGGUGAAAACUAGGAAUGAAGAAAUAAAAUAACCGUGAAAGACGAUAUCUUGACGGGGAGGGAAAAAAACACUUGAAACUAUUUGACGUGUGGAAAAAAAAUGUUUGCUCACUCGUAUUUGAUUUCUUGCUUAGUUUCAAACUCUCAUUCACCUAAACCGAAGUGAAAUAGUUCCCACCACCACCAACAACCACAACCACCGCCAGUUUCCCUUCAUCCACAACAACCAAGAAGCAGACAGGGAAGUUAACAAGUCCUCCCGAGUCCAAGUUUGAGUUUCAGGACGACUCUCACUACGUAACCUUUCUUCUGUGGCUGAUGUUCUUCGUGUUCCGUUCGUGUGUCCGGCGCGGCGAUGCCUCUCAGUAGUGGGGACGGAACCCUCGAUGACGACCCAGGGGAGAAAAUAAGACUGGAAACAAGGAAAAAGGGAAGAAAAGAAGGAAAGAGGAGUAGGAAAAGGAGGUGUAGUUUAACCCUCACUGACAGACAAAACAGGAAAAAAAAAUGAAAAGGAAAUCAGAUGGACAGAUGAAAAGAGAUGGAAAACAGAUGAAAAACAGAUGGAAACAGAUAGAAAACAGAUAAAAAGAUAUGGAAAACAGAUGAAAACAAAUGAAAAACAGAUGGAAAGGAAAACAGGAAGAAAGACAAGUGCAAUUUAACUCUCACAAACAAACCAAUAAAGAAAACAGAGGACUGGAAAGAAGAAAAUAGGAACAGGAAUGGGGAAAGAUGAAAAGGGAAAAGGGAAGGAAAACAAGUGUAAUGUAAUUCUCACUAACGAACCAGGAAAGAAAAUGGAAAACAAGAAAAAGGAAGAAGAGAAGAAGGAGAAAAUGAAGGACUGACAACAAAGAGGAAUAAGACAAAUGAAGAAAGAAAAUAGGACUGAAAACAAGAAAAGGGGAAAGAGAAGAAAAUGAAGGACAGAAAACAAGAAAAAGAGGAAUAGAAAGAAAAAAAAAGACGAAGAAAGAAAGAAAAUAGAAGACUGGAAAGAAGAAAAAGGAAAAAGAAAAUGAAGGACAGAAAACAAGGGAAAGAGGAAUAGAAAGAAAGAAAAUAGAGGACUGGAAAGAAGAAUAAGGAAAAAGAAGAAAAUGAAGGACAGGAAAAAGGGAAAAUAAAAAGAAAAUCAAGGAGAGAAAACAAGGGAAGGAGGAAUAGAAGGAAAGAAAAAAGACAAACGAAGGAAGAAAAUAGAAGACUGGAAAAUGAGGAAGAAAAUGAAGAACUGGAAACAAGAAAAAGAUAUAGAAAGAAAGAAAGAAGACAAAUGAAGGAAGAAAAUGGAGGAGUGGAAACAAGAAAAGGGAGAAGAAAAAGGAAAAAGAGAAGAAAAUGGACAGAAAACAAGAAAAAGAGAUAUGGAAAGAAAGAAAAUAAGACAAAUGAAGAAAAAGAUAAGACUGACCAGAAACAGGGAAGGAAAAAAGUGCAUUGCGUUACAGUAUCGGCAAAAAAUAUCAGCAGGAAGGAAAAUAUAAGUGAAAACGGGGGAAAAUAAAGUGUCACAUUCUACACUUAAGUUCACGACUCCACUUUACACUUGUGAGAAAAUUCAAGACUCGGAAUUUGUACGAACGUGAAAUUUUUUAGCCGCCCCCAAAAAAUGUGUUAAAUUUUUAUGGUGGAAAAUUAUUACCUGGGAAAGAAAAAGUUACCCAAAAUCUAUGGCACAGGAAAUUAUAUAAAAGAAAUGUCUCGUAUA